AUGUUUCUUCUUUCCUAUCAACUUGAUCGAACCGUGGCACUGCAGCAGAAGAAUCCAGUCAUCUCUCUAUCCUCGCGGCAUCAAAUGCCCUUCCAACGCCCCACGGCAUACCGAUGGUCAACUGCUGUUGAUGAGACAGCCAUGUCAGAAGAAACACAUGUUGCUCCGUAUGAUGAUUGGGAUGAGCAAUUCGAACAACUUCUGUCGUUCAAAGCAAAAUAUGGCCACUGCAACUUUCCUAAAAAUGCUCCUACAGAAUUGACUACGGAGUUCCCAACUUUGGCGAUCUUCUGUCAGCAUCAGCGGACAGAAUUCCACCAUCGGUCGAAGUCCAUUCAGGGUAGAAUGGCCCUGUCGACAUUUGAUAGGAAUGUCCGUUUCCGAAAACUGGAGGAAAUUGGUUUCGAGUUGUAUGGGAAUCUAGCUGGAUGGCACAAUAAGUAUCACGAGCUGGUAGAGUAUCACAGGCGCAAUGGCAAUGUUCGUGUGGGACUCCACGAGGACUCUUCACUUUGCAAAUGGGUGAUCGAUCAGCGGGCCAAACGCACCAAAGGAAAGCUUUCCGAGAUUCAAAUUGUUCUAUUGAACAAUGUUGGAUUCGAAUGGGAAUCUGAGUUUGCCGAUGAAGUAUGGAAUGCCAACUACAUGAAGCUUGUCGAGUUUCGAAAAAAACAUGGGAAUUGUCAUGUUGAUGCACGGGGACAGUUGUAUAGCUGGAUUGAUCAUCAGCGACAAAGACGGGCGAAGAAGAAGCUUCGUGCUUCAUUAUCCGAUAAGCAAAUACAACUGUUGGACGAUAUUGAAUUCCCUUGGAUUCCAAAUCGACAUGAAGAGAGGUGGUAUGCACAGUACAACAGGCUAGUAAGGUUCCAGAAAGAUCACGGACAUAGUGAUCCAGCUCGAUCGACGCACAAUAAAUUACAGGACUGGGUAAUAUUUCAGCGCACCAAACGUGAGCGAGGCCAAGUUUCAAAGGAACAAAUCGAUUUAUUAGACAAAGUAGGAUUUUCAUGGGAAUCCAAAACUUGCGCGUGGUCUGAGAUGUACCGGAAACUGGCGGAGUACUAUGAUGAUAAAGGUCAUCUUCGGGUCGAUACAGAUGAUCAUCAGAACCUUUAUGACUGGAUGAACGUUCAAAGGAAGCGAUAUCAUGGAAUUAUGAUACCGACAUUGACGGAUAUAUGUAUCGAGAAACUUGAAGAGAUAUCCUUUUGUUGGUCACUAGACGGGAAGGACCGGGCAUGGCAUGAAAAGUACACCGAGGCAGUAGAGUUCUACAAGGAGCAUGGUCAUAUUCGAGUAACCGAAAAGAACAAUCCCAGCCUUUACAACUGGAUCGAGAUGCAAGGAAAACGGUACAAGGAAAUCAAGGGACACAGACCAUUGUCGGAAAAGGAACUGGAACUAUUGGAGCAGAUUGACUUCCCCUUUUUCGAGAAGCUACCUCGUUUGGCUUGGAGUGAAAUGUACUCGAAGAUUAUGAAGUAUCAAAAGGAGAACGAUGGGCGCUUCCCCACUAGCCACAAAGAUGAUCCCGAUCUGAAUUGUUGGAUGAGACAGCAACGAAACCGAGUGAGGAGUGCGUACGGAUAUGUUCCACUUUCUCUCGAGGAAAGGUCACUACUGGAGAGUAUCGGUUGCCCACUGCUGCACCGCGGAACCCAAUUGAGAUCUUGGUAUGAGAAGUAUGAUCAGAUGCUGAAUUUUCAGCAGGAACAUGGACACUUUUUGGUGUCAAAAAAGCAAAACCAAAGUCUUUGGAGAUGGAGACAAACACAACGGGCGAGAUACCACAGGACAGAUUUGCGUGGGCUUGUGCUUCUAAAAUCGCAAAGGUAUCUCUUGGAGAGAAUCGACUUUCCUUGGACAUCGGAUUACCGUGAAGUAGAAUGGCAGAUGCAAUACGAUGAACUGGUAAGGUUUAGCGAGGAGCAUGGGCACGUUCGAGUAGGCGAUUUGGAGGAACCCCAACUUCGCAGAUGGCUAGAAUAUCAACGGCAGAAAUACAAAGGAAACGGAUCUACAGAACUGUCGGAGCACCAAUUAGAGCAGUUGCAGAAGAUUGGGGUUUUCUGUUCAGAUUCAGGAAAGGGCUGA